CACACCUGCAUUUUUCAGGUCAUCGAAUCGUCGCCGUGGCUGUCUGUUCCGCCCUUGGACUGAUCACUCUAUCGCCGCCGGUCAGGUGUGACAAUGCCAGGGCUCUGUCAGUUCGAAGUGACGACCUGCAGUUCCGAAGAAACCAUCAAUGAGUUCGAGGCGUUGACACGCGACGCUGGACGCGUGCAGCAGGAUACACUGAAGAAGAUCCUCGAGGCGAAUGCCGAUGCUGAGUACCUCGCACGCUUUGGCCUCGACGGUAGGACUGACGCCGAGAGCUACAAAUCUCGCGUCCCUCUGUGUGUGCACAGCGAUGUUGAACCUUUUAUCCAGAGGGUUGCUCAUGGUGAUAGCUCAUCUGUGAUCACUCGGAAGCCCAUCACCGCCCUCUCCCUCAGUUCUGGUACAACACAGGGGAAGCCUAAGUUCCUUCCAUUUAAUGAGGAAUUGAUCGAGAACACACUUCAAGUAUUCCGUACUUCUUACGCAUUUAGGAACCGUGAAUACACUACCGGCAAAGGAAAAGCCUUGCAGUUCUUCUACUGCAGCAAGCAAGUCUCAACAGACGGUGGCGUCAUUGCUACGACUGCAACAACAAAUCUGUACCGGAGUCCACGCUACAGAGAAGGCAUGAAGGGUAUCCGGUCUCAGGGUUGCAGCCCUGACGAAGUUAUCUUUGGCCCUGACUUCCAUCAAUCCUUAUAUUGUCACUUGCUAUGUGGGUUGAUAUACUCGGACGAGGUCCGUUUCGUGUCAUCAACAUUUGCUCACAGCCUAGUGCAGGCAUUUCAGACGUUGGAAGAGGUCUGGGAGGACUUGGCUCCGCCUCGGCCCUUGUGUGCUGAUAUAAGAGAAGGUGUUCUCUCGGAAAAAGUCACGGUACCGUCAAUCCGCCAAGCUGUUUCAAGAAUUUUGAAGCCCAACCCUCAGCUUGCUGAUUGGAUCUACAACAAGUGUGUGAGAUUGAGCAGUUGGUACGGUGUGAUCCCAGCACUGUGGCCCAAGGCCAAGUACGUGUAUGGCAUCAUGACAGGGUCCAUGGAGCCAUAUCUGAAGAAAUUAAGGCACUAUGCUGGGCACUUGCCACUGAUAAGUGCUGAUUACGGUGCAUCAGAAGGAUAUGUUGGAUGUAACAUAGACCCCACAGUGCCACCUGAACAGGUGACAUAUGCUGUUCUGCCGAAUACUGGUUAUUAUGAGUUCAUUCCUUUGGAGAAAUCCACAGGGGAGAUGGAGAACAGCGCCUCUAUUCAUUACAUUGAGACUGGUCCUGUUGGCUUGACAGAAGUUGAGGUCGGCAAAAUAUAUGAAGUUGUACUAACUACCUUUGCAGGCCUAUAUCGUUACAGAUUAGGAGACAUCGUAAAAAUAGCUGGAUUCCACAACUCAACACCCCAGCUCCAGUUCAUCUGUCGUAGAAGUCUCAUGCUGAGCAUCAAUGUUGACAAGAACACCGAGAAAGAUCUCCAGUUUGCUGUUGAGGAGGCGUCAAAGCUCUUGGAAGGGGAGAAGCUGGGAAUUGUGGAUUUCACAAGCUGUGUGGAUACGUCUAGCGACCCGGGUCGCUACGUGAUCUACUGGGAGCUGAGCUCUGGAACCAGGGAUGAGGUCUUAAGCAGCUGCGCAAACGCCUUGGAUCUAGCCUUCGUUGACGAAGGCUACAAUGGCUCAAGGAAGAACAAAACCAUUGCCCCCCUCGAGCUCCGGAUCCUGAACAAGGGAACCUUCAAGGAGAUUCUGGUCCACUUCCUAGGCCUUGGUGGCUCGGUGAGCCAGUUCAAGACACCUCGGUUCGUGAACCCGUCUAACAGCAAGGUGCUACAGAUACUGAACAAGAAUGUUACCCGGAGUUAUUUCAGUACUGCCUAUGGGCUAUGACAAUCAAAAAGAACAAAGACUACUCCAAGGAGGUGCACGUAAUUGUCGUCCUUUUCCUAUCUAUUUUCAUGUUAUGUUUUAGUCUCCUGAAGAAGGAAACGUCUGUUUUCGUUUCCUUGGAAUAAUAUUUUCUUUCGUAUCCGGGUGUUGGCUAGGAUCUUUGUAAAUUACAAUAUGCAGCUAUAGCCUAUAGCAAAAGGUAUUAAAACAAAAAAGAAAGCCAGUGUUUGUCGGUCUUGUGAUGUUGUGCUAGGAGGUGGUACUCGAAAUAAACUAAGCAGCAACUUGUUUUAGAGCUGGUUAGUGUUU